CGCGAUCGCCUGCGAUGCGUCCUCGCGCGCGCGUCGCGUCGCCGAUCGAGGCCGAGCCCCGAUUUCGAGAGUGCGUUUCUUUUGUGCGCGACGGUGCUCCUCUUCACGGGGUGAAGGACGCGAGAACCAGUGAUACCUGCCUGCCUCCCGGAGAGGCCCUCUGGAUCGGCGAUGAGCGGGAUGGAUGGAUCUCAACCGGGCGAUCACACCCACAGCUAAUUGCGGGGGUAACGUCGAGGGAAUUUUCCCAGUGAAAAACUGUUGUUCUUCCGCGGAGACGAGGAUCGCGCUGCGAUACACGCGCCUCGUCGGAUCGUAAUUCACUUCGGAGUAUCGUGCUUCUCUCUCCCUCUUUCUCUCUACGAGGUCCGAGGCACGCGCGUAAAGUCGAAUCAAAUACAACUCGGACGGACAGCAUUAUUAUGCGGUUUUAACGAUCCAUCAGGCGGAGAGCAUCGUAAAGUAAAAAAUAGCGCAGCCUUUAUUACGGAUCUCGUAACUCACUCGGAUGCUCGAUCGGAGACUGAGGCGCGCGAUCAGGUGAUAGAGAAACCGGAAAGAAACGGGCGGAAUCCGGGGGAGAGGAAGUGAGAUAUCUGGAUUUGUAGAACGGCCGCGUCGCCGAUGUGUGCCAGUGCGCGCGCGCUCCUCCGGCGAGAUCGGCCCGUCGCUCGCUGAUCGGCAUCGAAAUCGCCGAUUUUCCCGAGGGGAGGGGAGUGCGACGAAAACGACUCUCCGAGUGCUCCGGCCGGUGUGAUACGACGGAUUUCGGAUCAUGGAUCUCCGCUCGCUGUCGCCCAGCGAGCGUACUUUCUCAGGUGGAAUCGCGCGGAGGGCAUCGGCGAAAGUAUUUUCGAUCGUUUGCAGAAGGUGAGGGAAGGAUGAAGAAUGCCCCGCGUCGGCGGAGGAGACGGGGGUAGCGGGCCCCAGAGGACGGGAGGCGCUGGUGGUUUCGGAGGAUGGCUGGGGGGCGCUGCGAGGGCCAUGACGGGCGGAGGUGUCGGCGGUGGAUACGUCGUUCUGGGCGGCACCAGAUACGGUCUUCGGAUCUCUCAGGAGAGCCUGCCGCCGGCGAACUCCAGGGAGGAGCCGCAGGAGUCGCGCCGGCGGAAGCGGAACUCGCGCGAGAGCGACUCCCGGGAGCGGCUGACGGAGAAACCGGCGGCGGAGAAGCCGCCGAUCGACCUGGCGGCCAGUAUCGCCGACUGCUGCUGCAUCGGUCCGCGGUCGCGGCUUCCGCUUCCGCGGAUCCCACCGCCGGUCUCUACGACGUCCGCAUCGCCGCCGCCGCCGCCACCGCCGCCUUCCUCGUCGUCUGCGUCGUCUACGUCGUCGUCUACGUCGUCGCCGUGUCCUCCGAUCACCGUCGGUGGUUAUCCCUCCGUAGCAGAUACCGUCAGCGUCGGAGCUGCCGGCGGCGGCUGCUGCUCGCCGCCUCUUCCUGCUUCUUCCACGGGCGUCGCGGAGACGACGUUCGCUAAUAAUAGUCGCGGCGCGGUGCAAACGUCGGUGGGGAACAUCGGCAGUACCAGCCAGCAGUAUCACCACCACCACCAUUACCACCAACAGCAGCAGCAGCACCACCACCACCAGCAUUAUCCACAAACAGCGGCGGCGGCAACGUCGUCGUAUUCGCCGCCGACGACGACGUCGUCCUCAUCUUCGACGUCGCUCGGCUACUCGUCCGGCGUUCCGACGGCGACGCAGACCGUCUCCGUGCCGCGGCAGCUCGCGCAGUGGACGAAGCAUCAGACGCUUAAGUUGCAGGAACCAGCAGUGAUAGCGGUGGACCGACUGCACAGGUUUCGGUGGAGCGGGGGCGGAGGAGGAAGUGGCAAGAAGUCCUCUUCCGGCCCCCGCAGCGAGAAGGCCGAGCGCCUUCGCGAACUCACCGAGAAGCUCAAGGGACCGGCACCGGUCCCGCCACCCAGAAGACCGUCGCGGGUACAGGCUUCCUCCCCUCCCCCGAGCGGAUACCAGCCGUCGUCUCAAAAUUAUCCGCAGACGGGCUCGAAUUCCGGCUGCGGCCGUUGCGAUGGCCGGCCGUCUCAACGCAGCUACACGUACAGCGAAGGGAGCCAACACGGCGGUAACAAUCAGCAAUCCCAGCAACAGCAGCAGGCACGGCGGGAUGAACAUCCGAAGACAAUUGUCCGCAGUGAGAGUGUCAGUGAAGAGUGUCUCAGUGAUCGCUCAGGGAACAACAACGCGUACAGCAGGAAGUCCUGCCAGGACUCGAGGAAGUCCUCGAGAUCGGGCAGACCCGAGAGAAACAGUGGUGACGUCAGUGACCUCAGGAGCGAGCCGAACGCCAGUGCGGAGGCGGCGAAGCACUUGAGACAGUACAGUGAUUCCGUGGUGGACAGUGCUACUAGUGUGGACGAUCUGUGCGAUAAUCUGAACGCCGCUUCCGGCAACGAGGGGGAGGCCCGGGACGCCAUCACCAGGCUGGAGCCGCGUGGGUUGCUCGCCUUUCACAGGGCCGGCGCGCCCUUCAGGAGCGCCUCCUUCGGCCAGGUGGACUUUAAUCAAGACGCAGAUUUUACUUUCAGCGCGAACUCGCACUUUCCUCUUCCAGCGAAUCGACAGAAGAGCCAACCGAUCGCUACGUCGAAUCGCACCGAAUCGUCGAAGGACGUGCGUGCGAGCACGCUGCCCCGUCGUCGCGGCGACGCGACGUCGGCCGGCACAACACCGCAGAACAGUCCGAAUCGGCAGAGCCCGAGGACGUCGACGCCCAGCGUCGACAGCGCCGUCGGCUCCGCCGAGGGCCUCGGUGUACCCCAGCAAGGCAAUCUCGAGGAGAUCCGACCAAGAAGCGAUGGCUCCGACAGCCUGGCGACUUCCAGCGCGCUCACCAGCCCGGAACCGCUGGCACCGGAGACGAAUGAGCCGAGGGUCGACCUCGUCUCGCAGUCGGAUGCGCCGGUCGUCGAGGUCGUCAACCACGAGUCGGUCUACCCGAUGGUCGACGGCAACACCGUCGAGGAGACCGUUCAGAAAGAAACCAGGAUAGAACCGCACGAGGUGAUCAUCACGCCACCUCCCGAGGAGCCGCGGCUGAGUCAAGCGAGCGAGGGCAGCGAGGCUCUGAGCGAGACACCCUCGGAGGCGUCCUCGCCUUCUGGCAAAGCGAGACGAUAUCGGGGCGACACCAGCAAGAGGAGGAAGGGCGUGUACAUAACUCAAUGGCCGGAGCCCUUGGACGCGGACAGGAACAAGCUGUCGGCUCAGAGCAGCGAGGAAAGAGACGAGCCACCUGCGACGCCCAGCGACCUGUCCGACUGCGAGGGCCACACGCCUCGAAGGUACAGCAAGAGGCCGCUGCGCGGACCCUACGGGCAGAUGCUGGAGGCCGAGAUGGCGAAGCCGCGCACCACCGACAUCGCGCUCGAGGAGGGCCUUCGCCCUCGCCGGAAGAUCUCCGCGAAUCUCUCGUACAACGCGAGCAGCAACAACAGCGGCUCCGAGCCGCCCACGCCCUGCCACCAUCGGACGACCUCCAGCCCGACGAAACUCGAGGGACUUCCGGGGCCGAGCCCCGAGUUGCUCGCGGAGUUGCUGAGAGGUUCCUCGGAGAGGGUGGCUCGCGCACCGGCGCAUCGAAACGACACGAGGACCCACGUGGUUGUGGAGCUCUAUGACACGGAACGCUCUUACGUGGAGGCGCUACAAAUACUAGUCAAUAAAUACCUGCAGCCCCUGAAGAGCCCCGAGAAUGCCGGUCUGGUGGAUUCCGGAACGGUCGACGAGAUAUUUUAUCAGAUCCCUGCGAUCCUCGGCCAUCACGAGGUAUUCUUGGAGGAGCUACGUAGGCGACUCGACACCUGGGAACCCAGGCAGACGAUCGGCGACGUCUUCCUCGACGUGUUCACGAAGCCGCUGGUGCUGGAGACGUACACCCUGUUCUUGGACAAUUGGAAGUCGGCGAGGAAGGCGAUAAAAACAACAUGCCAGGCGAAGCCCGCCUUUGCACGAUUUCUCGAGACGAUGGAGCGCGAGCACAAGGGCAAGUUAGGUUUAGACCAGUUGCUGAUCAAGCCUGUACAAAAAAUCCCGCGGUACGAGCUGCUGAUCCAGAGGCUGCUGAAGCACACGGACCCGACGCAUCCCGAUUACGAGCUGCUGCAAGCCGCGCAGAAAGAGGUGCACGAGCUGGUCGUGAAGAUCAACUGCACGGAAAGGGAAUCGCUCGAGUGGGAACAGCAGCAGACCACGUUGAAGGAGGUUCAGGCCCUCGUCGAAGGUCUCGCCGGCAUCGUAACGAAUGACAGAGCUUUCGUCCGGCACGAUCUGGUCACCAUAGCGUCGAAUCAGGGCACGCGGAAGGAGCGGGCUUUAUUUCUGUUCUCCGAUCUCCUCGUCAUCACCAGCAUCAAACGCAGGAGCGGCACGAUAAGGAAACCGUCAACGAGCUCAUGCCCGAGCAGUCUGGUCGGCCUGCUUGAAGCGAACAAGUACAAAAUGCUGAUGCGGAUACCACUGGACGAUCUCGAAGUGAUGAAAGCCAAAGAUGAGAAUUUAAGGCGAAUGGCGCGCGAAGUGGACCAUCUGCGAGAAAACUGCUUGACGUUGACUAAUCUUCAGGAAGUCGCGGCGACUCUGCAUGGUCCGAAGCAGCAAUUGGAAGAACUUAUCAAGGAUAUGCUGGGUCAAGCCCAGCGGCAAUUGGCGGAGAGGAAUGCGGCGGAUUCACAAUUGGCCUGCCUGGAACUCACGCUCAAUACUCAAUCCGGGAUCGAGAAUAUAUCCGUCAUGUUCACGAAGCCUGACAAGCGUGCCAGUUGGGAAGAGAGCUUCAACGAAGCCAAGCAGAAGCUCGCACUGUCGGCCGACCGAAGGCCGUGUCCAGAAUUCGUGGGGCCGUUGCCGAUCAGGAAGACGCGAGCGGGCCUCCAGUUCACCUGCGCGGCGCCGACAUUGGCGAGCGGACAGGGCACGAGGGACGUUUGGGUGUGCAACAGUGACGGCUACGUAGGUCAAGUAUGCGUGCUGAGUCUGAGCCCGGAACCGCCGCAGGUCACCUCGUGCAACGGAGUCUGCAACGCCAGGAUACUCUGCGUCGCCGGGAUACCCGCUUGCACGCCUGGCUCGAGCUCCUGCACGACGAACAACAGCCCGUUCAUUAACAGCAAGAGCGGUAUAAGCAUAUCGGUGCAAGACAUGGAUGCCAGCGGCGGUAACAUACAGUUAGACAGUAGCUCGAGCUCCGACGAGUCGGACUCGGACGACAUUCCAUGCGCGGACACGGGCAGCGUGACACCGUGCGGCGAUGUAUCGAGCACCGACAAUACCGCGACGGAGGAGGACAUCAAUCAGCCCACUAUGUGGCUGGGAACCGAGGACGGCUACAUCCACGUGUACAACUGCAACGACAAUAUCCGGAUCAAGAAGAACAAAGUGAAGAUCCAACACGGCAGCGGCGUGCACUGCAUCAUAUACCUGGACAACAAAGUGUUCGUCUCUCUCGCCAACGGAGACAUCACGGUUUACGCUCGGGAUCACACCGGUGGAUGGAACACUCCGGAUCCAACGACGGUGUCCGUCGGUACGGCGGCGUCGCCGGUGACGAAAAUGCUGUCCGUCUCCGGGAAGAUCUGGUGCGGCUGCCACAACAGCGUGAAGGUCUUGAACAUUCACUCGUUGGACAUCGAGCACAUGUUCGCCGUGAGCAGCGACACGAGCCGCGCCGUUUCUUGCAUGGCGAACUCCGGAGGCUCCGGCGUCUGGAUCUCUCUGCAUAACAGCGCGGUACUCAGGCUCUUUCAUUCCGGUAGUUACGAGUGCCUGGCGGACAUUAACAUCGCGCCGGCCGUCACUAAGAUGCUUGCCACAGGUUGCGAUGACAUAAUUCGGCAGCACAAGGCCGCGUGUCUCAGGGUCACCGCGCUAUUGGCUUGCAACGAGUUGCUUUGGAUCGGCACGAGCGCCGGCGUGCUGCUCACCGUGCCAAUUCCCCAUAUAAAGCCAUCCACUCAGAGGAUGUCGCAGCCGCCGAUCGUGACUGGAAUUCCCCACGGGCACACGGGGCACGUGCGCUUCCUCACCUGCGUAGAGACGACGAGCCCCCCGAAAGCGGACCCGCGUCCGAAAGUGAAUCGGUACUCGUUGAAGUCCAGCAAGACACAGCCGAGCAACAUCAGCCGCUGCAAAUUCCUAGUAAUAUCCGGCGGGGAUGGUUACGAGGACUUCCGCGGGCCUCAGGCGUCCGCCGAGUUGCAGGCAGGUCGUGAGGACUCCACGAACCACCUGCUGCUGUGGAAAGUGUGAUGCGAUUUAGCACGACCCCAGGAUGAUGCGGUAAUUAUUUUGUAUAUAGCAAGGGUCGCGGUAAACGAAAGCCGGCAUGACACGCCGAGGGAAUCGUUGUUGUGCACGCGGGCGAACGCCACCACCGUCGUCUGAUCGUGGCCGAUCAGGGCGCGCCGGGGGUUUUCAGGGAACGCGGGAGGGUUCUCUAGCUGGUACUAGCCGAGCGGAUCAAGGGCACAAUGCGGAGACUGUACUGCUCGCAGGACGUCAAGAAGUAUCGGUUCGCGCAGGAGUCUGACCGAGCGAGGACGCUUUCUCUCUGUCUGUCGAUAUGCGAUCUGUGAACGGUUCCACCAAUUGUCUGGCCACCGGUCGUGCCAGUCCGAUCAUUGAACUGAAGAACAUACCGGGACCACCACUGCCUUUGUUUGUGGCGGAUUACCUCGCGCCGAGACCGAGAUAGAAAGUAUCUCCGUCUUUGUCUGUUUGUCUUAUCUUAGCCUAUCUAGCAUGUUAGUAAGACAGAGAGCGAGAUACCGUUUAGACGCGGACACAAACCACGAUCCCCACCGCGUCAGUGCUCGUUCCAGUGUAUUCUUCAGUUCAAUGGAUGCGAUUUACCAACGACGAGUGAUCGACGACGGCGGCUGGGCGUGUUCUCUUCCCUGUAUCUCGGGAAUAUAUACGCUUGGGAUUGUACGUUCAUGACGUCACCGCACAGAAGAAUGCAAUUGUUUUAUAAUAUUUAAACUUCAACAUCGAGAAGCUUGUCAUUCUCUCUUUUUCUUACGUCGCGGCAAUUUAUAUCAUUCACGCGUUAAGCGGGGGAGUCGACAAUCGGAAAUUUUAUAUUCUACUUAAUUCGAUACAUGGUAAAAGUGUUACAAUAGGGGAAAAAAAGCUCCGAUUAAUUUGACCUUGACACGUGUUGUCGAGGACACAUUUCUGAGUUUGAACAUGCAAAAAGUCGCAGCCGUCGCUCACUGUUCAUUAGAAACGUAUUAACAAAGGAACGUUACGUUAAGAACAAAAUACGUUACAUGCAUUCAUUUACAUCGACCGGUGCCUCAAUCCCGCGAUUCGUUCGGUGCCGAUGAUUUACGCGAAAGACGCGUGCUCGAUCCUUCAACGAAUCGAGCACGCGUCUUUGGUAAAUCGUUGACACCGAACGAAUCGCGGAAUUGAAUUUCACAUUGGAUUUUGAUGGAAUUUGAUUCUCGAUGUAACUCUCAAUGUCGAUAUGUACUUAUCAUAUCAUAUGAUGAAAAUGUGAUGUCUAAACGGCCCGUGAAUUCUUAUAAAACCAGCAUAUUCCCAAACGACACGAAAGCCCGAGGAGCGUCCGAAAAACUGAUAUACUAUUUUCUAGAUAUCGCUUUUAGAUAUCACUUUUAGAUGAGACGCUCUUGAGACAUUCGCGUCGUUGGGAAUUUGUUACGCGCACAAAAAAUUUUCUCUUACCUGCACCUUUUUGUACCUUAUACGCGCCUGCCAUGGAACGAGUAAAGUAAUCGGACUCUCGGUAGGAGGAAAACGCGAAGGAUUGUCGAGAGUGUAGAAAGUAUGACUAACGUAAGGCUCCUGGUCCCUCGCUGCAACUAUCUUUGUUGGAUGACGUCGGAAGCGAGAAAACACAUGCCAAGAAUUUUUGCGUUAUACGUUCAAAUAAGAAAAUAUUCCUACAAAAUGACACUUGUGAUCGAUUUAACACACUUAUAAAAUUGUCCGAACACUUUUCCUUUAUUCGAACGAUCGAUAAAUGGUCUCAAAAUUAACCUGACAUGGAACAUGCUUUUCCGAUCUCUUUUCUCGUGAUUUUGUCAAUGUUAAUUUUACGACUGUUCAUUGAUUGUUUCGAGUAAAAGAAAAGUGUUCGGA